UCUGUGCACUGAAUCCAGCGCACCUAUCGGUUGUCAACAGUCAGUGCAGCGGCCGUAUGGCGGCGUGUUUUACGGCACAAAUCAAACCGUGUCGUGUGUCUCUGGAUCCAACCGAGAGUCGACCUGCAGUCACAGAAACAGCCGAACUAACCAACAAUGGCUCAUCUGACUGAAAACCCCGCUGAUAAAGAGAGGUUCAUCUGCAUCUACCCGGUCUACAUCAACAGCAAGAAGACGCUGGCUGAAGGACGAAGGAUCCCCGCAGAGAAGGCUGUGGAGAACCCGUCCUGCUCUGAGAUCAGAGACGUCCUGACGGCGGCGGGGAUGAACGUCUACAUGGAGAACAAGCUGCACCCCAGGGAGCUGAACCGGGACGUCCAGUUCAGAGGCCGGAUCAGGGUCCAGGUGAAGGAGGCCGACGGCAGCUUCUGUCAGGACAAGUUCUCCUCCCGUAAAGACGUGAUGAUGUACGUAGCGGAGAUGAUCCCUAAACUAAAGACCCGGACCCAGAAGAGCGGAGGAGGAGACACCAGCGCUCAGCAGGGAGAGGGCGGAAAGAAGAGCAAGAAGAAGAAGAAAUAGACUCAAAGAGAGAACUUUUUAUUUUAAAUUAAUUUGAAACGUGCAGAAUCAAACCCUGGACAUUUUAUUUUGUUGUUUUUUGACCUCAGAAACUCUUCGGCCGUCGGCGUGUAAAGAUAAAACACGUCUGUUUCUCCUUUUUAACUCUUGAAGUGAACGUUUCUGCUCUCAGCUCGUCGUCCAGUUUCUAAAAACAGGCAGCUGCAGAGAGCGAGAACUCAUUUCUGUUCUUCCAGCUUUCAGAGAGGGAGAAGUGAUGGAGGACGUCUUCUGUCUAUGUUUAACUCCACGUUUUGUCUCUUCCAAUAAAGAGUUCAGGUUCUCCUUUUUCUCACCUUCAUUUGAAAAUUAAUCGUCCUCGUAGCGGCGAUCAGAGGACCUCGUCGUCAGGAGCCUGACGGAGGAAAUUAAUCUCUAGGUUAUGUUGAAGUUUUAUAAACGGUUUAGUUUGUUUAAACUUAUCGGCUCAGCUGUGGUUAAAACGGGCUCAGCUGAACCAGAACUUGCAGCUCGGUGCGAAACUGGACCUGACUGUUCUGGUUCAUCUGAACCGGAUGUGAUGAUGAAGUUCGGCCCGACGCAGGAGUUUCAGGAAGUCACAUUUUUAUUUUUUAGAGUUUCCCAGUGGUGAAGUACUCAAAUCCUGUACUGAAGUAAAAGUACUGCUACCACACUGUACAAAUACUCUGCAUUGAAAUGUUACUGCAGUAGAAGUAUGUGAGUAUAAUCAGGAACAUGUACUUAAGAGUAUUAAAGCAGUAAAAUGUC